GGCCUCAGCAAAGAAAACUUAUCGCAAAGUCUCGAGUGGCAAAGGGGGGCACGUGAGAUGAACUGCAGCCGGGCGCCGUCCCGCUCGGAGGUCGAGGACUGGAGCCCUCAGCAGCUGGCUGACUACCUGAGGAAGAUGAAUUUGUCCGACUGUGAUAGAACUGUGUUGAAGAACUCCAUCAACGGAAUGAGAUUUGUGAACUUGAGUGAGAACGAUCUGCAGAAAUUCCCCAAACUUCACACACCAAUUAUUUCCAAGCUGAGCGCUGACAUCGGCAAGAAGGAAGAAAAACGAGGCCCGUUUGGUAAAAGACCCGUGAUGCCGAAAUGUCUUGAACCAGUUUGUGACGUGGAAGGUUCGAGCAACGACCUUUCUGACGUUGACGGCAACGAUUACGAGAGUCCCAACGGCGAGGACAGCGGCCAUAGCGACUACGAGCAACCUGACGACAACGCGGUAGCGGCAGAGGCAGGGCAUUACGGACUCCCCACCCCGGAGGCCGCAGAGAAGUUGGCGCGCAUGCACCGUGGCGCCGUGCGCGACACCGAAUAUAUUGGUGGUAGGGAUAAUCGCGCAUCGUCUAGGGGGGCGUCGCCUGCUGUUUGCCCCCGACCACCGGCGACGUCGCGCCCAGCGCUGUCACCUCGAGUCCCGGUGGAGUCCAGCCAAGAUCACUCACCCCACCCUCCUCAGCGAGCAUCAGAGAAGUUGUUUCCGGGACCGCCGCAGAUCUUCCGCAGCAAUAAGCCGGGCCGAAGUUCCUCUUCCGUUGGCGGUCCUGGUGUAGCAGAAAGGCCGGGCGUCCCCUCCCAAAGGCCUCCACCUCUGGCACUGCUUCCUUCCUCCGCGGCCUCUGCCAAGUUUCCCGUCAAGCCCCCUCCUUCCGGCAGGGCUGAUGGCGCCAGGGAGCAUGCACACGCCAAUGCAGCUAGACUCAAGUCUUUCCCCGUCUUCCGUAACAGUCCGCUGCCCCGCCCCAAUCCCACAGGCUACCACAGGGACAGUUUGCCUUCUGGCUCCACUAGUGUGGGCUCGCUGCCUCUGACCGUCUCCUCCGCUCCCGAUGUUGAGGGUUGGGACGAUGAUGAGUUUGAUGAUGAAGACGCCGAGUACGAGUAUCCAAACGGCAGCGAUGAGGAUGCAGCGAGCGAUGACGCGGCCGGCAAUUAUGAACCUCCUCCCGCGGAACCCCGGGAGGAGCCCGCUUGCAGGACCUUCGCUCCCCUCGCAGAAGGCCAGUACAUCGAUAAACAGGUGUCCUCCAGAAGUCCGCUGCCAGCAGUCGGUCUGGGUCUGCCGGUCUCUUUGCGUCCACCUCCGUCGCCCCGCUCGCCGGGAGAGCUGUCAUUGGGCCGAGAUCACUUGCCGCGGUGUGGUGGACAAGCGGUGCCGCUGCCACCGCCGCCGCCUGGAAAAUCGCUCGCAGGGCCACCGCAGAUCUUCCGCAGCAACAAACCGGGCCGAAACUUGUCUCCCUUCAGAGGUCCCAACGCAGAAGAGAAGAGGCUGCCACUCCACUCCCAAAGGCCUCAGGCGGACGUCCUGGAUACCCCCGCCAGGUCCAAAGCUCUCCCAUUUGGCUUGGCCUCCAUCAGCAGGAGCGAUGACUCCUCCGUUGGGCCUCCUCCUCCCAGCAGGUUGGACGGAACGAGAGAGCAAGCACACGGUGAUGUGGCUAAACGCAACACAUUUCCCCUCCAUAAAAAUCUGGCGCCCCGCCCGGCACCUCCUGGCCGCCUUGGAGACAGUUUGCCUUUUGGUGUCACUUCUGUUGGCUUAGUCUCUCAUAACGUUUAUCCAGAUAACAGGAGCAACUUUGUUGCCUCAGAGCUCUUUCAUGCUCCACCGCAAAAAGCUAAACAGGGAAUGGACCCUUGCUGGUAUGUUGGUAAAGUGACCAGGAGUCAAGCUGAAGGCUAUUUGAAGCAAGUCGGCAAGGACGGAGCGUACCUCGUGCGGGACAGCUCACACCAGAAGAGCAACCAGCCAUACACACUCAUGGUGCUUCACCACAACAAAGUGUUCAAUAUACAGAUCCGCCACCAGAACAAUCAAUUCCAGCUCGGAACUGGCCUCAAGGCCCAGGAGUCCUUCCCCUCCGUCUGUGACAUCAUCAACUAUCACUCCCGGUGUCAUCUGCUCCUCAUUGAUGCCAAGAAACGGUGCUCGAGCCAGCAGAACCAGUGUCUGCUGUCAGAACCCGCAGGCAUUUCCAUGACCGGAACGCACUGAGACCCCACCAUAACAGCACUUACAAGAAUAUAUUCUUGAUCCUCUACAAGGAGCUGAGACUGUUUGUAGUGUACACGCGACCAUGUACAGGAAGUCAAAACGGGCAGCAACACAACAGCUUGUCGAUUGAAGAAAAAUGCGCCAUAAACGUCUAUUUUAUUUCUGUACUACAUACAUUUGAUAGAAAACAGCCAACAAUAUUCUAGAGUGCUAUAAUUCCUCAUUAAAAUAGACAUGACAACAA